GGUUCGUGUUAACCAGUGAAAACGGUCCAAUCCAGAUUGAACAGACAGUGAUAGUGAACGAAUAGAAAGCGCUGCAGCGUUGUGGAUUCACGAUCCGUCCAAUGGACUGAGUGGCAGUGACAGACAGUCCGUCCGCGGUUCGGCGGUGAGCACACCGGAUGGGACAGGACAGAGCUACGGAGGAGUGACUGGUACCAACGCUCCCACAUCUUGCAGGGACGAACCCCGCGCUCUGGGGACACGUCUCGGGCCUUUCGACGCUUUAUUGUCCGCAGCAUGUAAUUAAUAAUGAGUGCAUCCUGUUUGAGACGCUCUGAACACAGGUUCACAGUGUGAGUGAGGGCCAUCAUGUACCUCCCUUCAGCCGCUUUGUGAACUCCGUCGUCACUGCUGGCUGGUUCCGAGCAUGGASUGACCAGAACCACCCCCCGUGGAUGAUUUUGAUGGGGCUGCUCAGAGUCAUGAUGCCGCCCAAGUUGCAGCUUCUAGCGCUGCUGGCGUUCGCAGUGGCCAUGUUCUUCUUGGAGAACCAGAUCCAGAAGCUGGAGGAGUCCCGGGGAAAGCUGGAGCGAGCCAUCGCCAGGCACGAGGUGCGAGAGAUCGAGCAGCGCCACACGCAGUACGGCCUGCGGGAGCGAGACUCUGCGGCGGCGCUGUCGGACGGUGAGGACGACCUGGUGAUCGUCUACAACCGCGUGCCCAAGACGGCCAGCACCUCCUUCACCAACAUCGCCUACGACCUGUGCGGGAAGAACCGCUACCACGUCCUGCACAUCAACACCACCAAAAACAACCCCGUCAUGUCCAUCCAGGACCAGGUGCGUUUUGUGAAGAACGUGACCGAGUGGAGGGAAAUGAAACCAGCCUUUUACCAYGGACAUGUCUCCUUCCUGGACUUCACCAAGUUUGGAGUGAAGAGAAAACCCAUCUACAUAAAYGUGAUCAGAGACCCCAUAGAAAGGCUGGUCUCCUAUUAUUACUUUUUACGCUUCGGGGACGACUACAGGCCCGGUUUGAGACGCAGGAAACAAGGAGAUAAGAAGGAAUGUGGGCAGCCAGUGGGCUCUGGAUCAGGCCAAGUACAACCUGGUGAACGAGUACAUGCUGGUGGGAGUGACGGAAGAGCUGGAAGACUUUGUGAUGAUGCUGGAGGCCGCGCUGCCACGCUUCUUCAGAGGAGCCACGGACUUGUAUAAAACAGGCAAGAAAUCUCACCUGCGGAGGACGAGCGAGAAGAAGCCRCCCACCAAGGAGUCCAUCGCCAAGCUGCAGCAGUCGGCCAUCUGGAAGAUGGAGAACGACUUCUAUGAGUUUGCUCUGGAGCAGUUCCAGUUUGUCMGAGCGCACGCCGUCAGAGAAAAGGACGGCGAGCUCUACCUGCUGCCUCAAAACUUCUUCUACGAGAAAAUCUACCCCAAAAACUGAAGAGCUGCAUUUCUGAGGAGCAGGUUUGGAAAGACGUGAUGAUGGAGGAGGAGGAGGAGGACAGAGCGUUCAGACUCAGCCAGCUGCUGGAGGAGAUUCUGCUUCCCUCCCCGGACUAAGGUCCAGUUUCUGACCCGUGUACACAGAACUGUUGAUCAGGUGUGAACUCUUUCCAUCGGCUCUGUACUGUUUGUGUUUGGUUGUACUUUAUCUUUUUAAUAUGAUCGUUGUUCAUAUGUAAAAACUAACCUUUUUUAUGGUGAACAGACACCCUCAUGCCUCACUUUGUGCUACUAACUUAAAGACACUUGAUGUGUAAAAAGCUGAUUACUUUGUUUUACUGGACUUCAGUUUCAGGCUUUUCUGUGGUUGUUGUGUUGAGCAGGUGUUUUAUACUGCGUUUAAUGUCGAGAAGGCUUUGUAAAUUUCUUAAACCUGUUCACAACAGAACACAGUAAAGAUAUCAAAUAUCAAACUGAAGACCUUUUAGGAAAAUGUUGUUUUGAAUUUGAUGGCAGCAACAAAUCUGAUGUUCCAGAUGUUUCCCUGUGGAACAUCUCCUCCAGGACCUGAGGAGACCAGUUCUGGAGGUUUUAGAGGAAACCAUAGUCUGCUGGAGGAUUCUAGCUGUUCAACAGUUUUUUGUUUUUUUAAUAACACAUCAGAUGUUUUCAGUUGAUGAAAGGUUUGGACUCUAAGCAGGUCAGUUCAGGACCAGGGGCCUCAUUUAUAAAGGAUUGUGUGGAAACCMCACUAAAAGUGAACAUACCGCCAACAGGCCAAAAUGGUAUUUGUCCAAAAAAACUUCAGAUUUAUAAAACCCUGUGAACGCA